UUUUUUUUAUUAGGUGGGGUCAUGUGAGGCUGUGAGUGAAAGCGAUUCUUAAUGUCAACAACAAAAAACAGGAAGCGACCAGUCAUUUUUAAAAACUUAAAUGUUGUACUGUAAGCUACUGUACAUUUUAAAUACGUUGUAUAAGUCACUAUGUAAAAAAAUAAGUCCUAGACAUAUUAGAAAUUUGACACGAAGCAUCAGUGAGUGGCAAUUUUAACUGUUGACUAAAUGCAUAACAUGUUAUUUACAAUCCGUCCACAAGGUGGCAACAAUUCCUAACGUGUACUAAAGCAGCAAAGGGCCCUUUGGUAACUACAAGGUUGCCAGAUUUGGUUCAAUUUGGUAUUUUUCUUUUUCUUUCUAUUUGCAUUGUGUGUUUAAACAUAUUGCAGCACAAUGGCUUCUUGUGAUUUUAAAUCAGAUAAAGUAAUCUAAAUUAAAAUAGACUCAGAAUAACUCAGAAAACCCCGCUGACAGGCACAGAAAUAGCUGACUAAACUUUUUUUUUUUUUUUAUUGAUAUGGUGCCAAUAGGCCUUAGAUGACUUUGGCUAAAUGAAUAACAUUUUUUUUUAAUCAGUUUCUUAAAUUAGUUACUCUUGACUUUACCUUUCAAAGUUACUGUUACUUCCAAGAGUUAUUGCCAUUAGGUGUAGACUAAUGACCUUAUUAGUGAGGCAAUUUAGGUUGGGGACAAAAUACUAAUCCAGAUCCAUAGAAAGAGACAAAAUGUGGCAGGUCCCAUCUGUGUACUAUAGGAUUUCCAACUGCUCAAGAUUUAUUACAAAAUGCUACAAGAACUCCUCUAUCUAUCUACUCAUUACAGAUUCAGUAUUAUUAGCUAACAAAAGCAAACAAUGAAAAAAAAAUCCAACAUUUCUUCAAAAAAUAAAUAUUGCUUGCAAACAGUGUUUGCCUUGCGGUUUGUCCAUCAUGGUCAAUAGGUCCAGGGAGUAGUUUGCUUUUUUGUUAGCACAACAGCAUUCAGCAUUACAAAUUGUCAGAAUUUUCAAAAUUCUGAAAGAUAAAGUUUCAAGGUAGACUAUCACAAGAUUUAGCCCACUGUUCAGUCUCACAUUAAAUUAAUAAUAAUAAAAAAUAAUAACAAUACUGUAUUUCAGCAUGCAUUUAAUGUUUAUUAUCUGUAAAUUCAGGAUUAAUGAUCCUCCAGUUUAUUGUGCUCCUUUAACUACAAUGUCUUAUCUUCUUAUGAAAACCACAAUUAAAAAGUUUAAUCUCAGUAUUUUAUCAGUCAGUGCUGCUCCCCAGCAAUCAAUCGGAACAUUUUCUUUUAAAGCUCUUUGAGUUAUGUCUCCUGGCUGGAGAUCUCAGGCUGCAUUAAGUAAUUAUGCUGGAGGUAAAGAGCCAGAUUUGCUCACUUUAAUGGACAAGACUUUCAUUUGACCUCCUUAUCACAAAGUGGGUCUAUACAAAUGUAGGACUGUAACAACGUGGAUCAUCGUUAAUUACUUAAAUAAGUACUUAAAGGACAUACUUUUUUUUUUUACUCCUAACCUGAAUUAUAUCAGUUUUCUAAAGCAUUUUGCUCAGUUUUUGCAGCUCACAAAUAUAUGUUAAAGUUAAUGUCUCUUAGUCCUCAUAAUGACUGUUCACAUGCAAGAAACAUGACAAACAUUUUAAGUGGGAAAGCAUUAUUGAUUUUUAUUACAUCAUUCUGGCACAGCUGAGAUGAUUGCAGACAAUUUUGGAAAUCAUUGCUUUCAACACUGACACUGUGUUGCAGUAUUAUUCCAACACAGAUUUCAUGGUCAUUACUAAACCCUAAAAAAGGAGUCGCUCUCUGUGAAACAGAAUGAUUGGAAGAUUAGAUGGCAUGGAUGACAGUGGCCAUAGAUGACACUAGAUGGCAUGCCAAAAAAUUAUUGUCACCAUAGGUGUAAUACUUCUUGAAUACCAGCUCAGCCUGUGUUCAAAAUCACAUUACUUCCACCCUACAUAGUCAUACUCCAGAAGGAGUAAUAGUUAAAACCAUGGUUGUUCAGCACUUUUCAUCAAUAAAAAAUCUGUAUGUAAGUGGGUAAGUUCAACAGAGUGAAAAUGUUGGACUAUCAGAAAUACAAAAACACUGAAAUGAUUAAACAUUUGCUGCCCAAAAGUUAUAUAAUAUUUAUGAACACUGACAGAUAAUUGAAAUCUGAAUGUACUUAUGUCAGAUCAAGAUAACCAGCUUCCUGUGGUGUUAAUUUUUGGUUCAUUUAUGUCCUCAUAAGGAUGCAAGGGUUGAAUGUUAAAUAGAGAGAUCAAAUCAAAGAAUUCUCUAAUGCUUCCCAACAUCCUAAAGUGCUUUAAGUGGUUAGAUUUCCAUGUGUUUUAUGUGAAUCUUUGAUGCAUUUAAACCUGCACCAUUUACACAUUACAUGGAUGAUACACACCUGAUAAAAUCCUGAUAGUAAAGACAUAUGAAAUGAACAACUUUAAGAGGUUAAAAGCUUAGUGGGAAGUUCUACAUGCGUCUAGUUCACACUUUUAGGUGUACUUAUGAAAUAACAAGAACAAACCUAUGUAUAAGAUGCACAAUAUACAAUGGGCGCUCGAAUCAGUAGCAUCUUGAGCCACGUUGUCGCCUACUUGUGUCGUUCAGAAACGAGUCGACUCUUUGAACCGACACCCAUAUUUGAGCCAUUUAAAUUAUAACUCUUGUAGAUGUAGGCAAUUAAUGUACUAAGUGAACAUAACAUGAUAAGUAAAAUCUGAUCCUUUCAAUAAAGCACAUACAGUAGUCAAAUAAUCACAACCAUUCGACAAAAGAUUUUGUCUAGAUUAUGAAAAUAAUGGAAAUUAGUCGUUUGGGGAGCCGAUUUGAGAGUCGGUUCAUAUUUAUGAGCUGAGUCAAAUGAUCUGAGCCGAAAUUCUUGUCUCUCUAAUCUAUUUUAGUGCGUUUUCUACAUUAAAUACCGAACUGUAUUGAAUACGGUGCGGGUUUUGUAUUUAUCUGUACUUUAAUAACCCGUUUUUUUAUUAUUUUUUUUAUUUGGAAUAGAGCCAUGACAAAGCCACUAUUGAGUAAUGAACAUUGGUUGGCUAAAUGGACCAGAGCUAAAACACGUUGGACGAAGAGGACCAAUCAGAGCGAAGAUACAUCGGACCAGACCAUCGUCAGAGGGAGAGGGGGGGAAGAAAACAGAGGCGCUGAACCUGAGCUCGUGUAGAAGACCUGUGUAAGCAGUAUCUGUUCUAAGAAGCUCUAACAUUUCUGUUCAUACCCACAACGUCGUUUGAAACUAAUCAGUAUGUCAGCGAAGGCCAUCUCUGAGCAGACGGGGAAGGAGUUCCUGUACAAGCACAUCUGCACCACAGCUGUUGUGCAGAACCGCUUCCGCUAUGCUAAUGUCACCGUAACUACUGACUGGGAGCGACUGGUGCAGGAGCAUCCAUGGCUGUUGACUGAGAGAUUGGUUGUGAAGCCAGAUCAGCUGAUCAAGCGCAGAGGGAAGCUGGGAUUAGUAGGCGUCAACCUUGAUUUACAGGGUGUCAAAGAAUGGCUUAAACCCCGCCUUAUGAAAGAGACCAUGGUGGGGAAGGCAAAAGGCAUUCUGAAGAAUUUCCUCAUAGAGCCUUUUGUUGCCCAUAAGCAGGAAGAAGAAUUUUACGUGUGUAUCUAUGCAGCCCGGGAGGGUGACUAUGUGCUCUUCCAUCAUGAAGGAGGAGUUGAUGUAGGUGACGUGGACUCUAAAGCUCAGAAGCUCCUGGUGGGCGUAGAUGAGAAACUCAGUCUGGAUUCAGUGAGACAGAAACUCCUCACACACGCCCCACAAGACAAAAAGGAGGCUCUGAGUACUUUCCUGGUGGGUUUGUUUAACCUGUAUGAAGACUUGUAUUUCACCUACCUGGAGAUCAACCCUUUGGUGGUGACUAAAGAUGGAGUGUAUGUGUUGGACAUGGCUGCUAAGAUCGAUGCUACAGCUGAUUACCUCUGCAAGGCUAAAUGGGGUGACCUGGAGUUUCCUCCUCCUUUUGGCAGAGAGGCGUAUCCUGAGGAAGCGUAUAUAGCAGACCUGGAUGCUAAAAGUGGUGCAAGUUUGAAACUCACUCUACUCAACCCUCGUGGACGCAUCUGGACCAUGGUGGCAGGCGGCGGAGCCUCGGUUGUGUAUAGCGAUACAAUCUGCGACCUGGGUGGAGUUAACGAGCUGGCCAAUUAUGGAGAAUAUUCAGGAGCUCCAAGCGAGCAGCAGACGUACGACUACGCCAAGACUAUCCUGUCCCUAAUGACCCGCGAGAAACAUCCCGAUGGGAAGGUGCUGAUCAUUGGUGGAAGCAUCGCAAACUUCACUAAUGUAGCCGCAACCUUUAAGGGUAUCGUCAGAGCAAUCAAAGACUACCAGGAGCCUCUGAAGGAACAUGAAGUCAGCAUUUUUGUACGACGUGGCGGUCCAAACUAUCAGGAGGGUCUGCGAGUGAUGGGUGAAGUGGGGAAGACCACAGGCAUCCCUAUUCAUGUCUUCGGCACUGAGACUCAUAUGACAGCUAUCGUUGGUAUGGCACUGGGCCACCGACCAAUCGCCUCUCAGCCACGUGUUGCUGCCCACACUGCCAACUUCCUGCUCAACACCAGCGGCAGCCCCUCGACUCCAUCCUCCAGUAGAACUGCAUCUUUCUCAGAAACCAAGAGUGGAGCAGAGUCUUCGCCUGCAAAAAAGGCUAAACCAGGGGCUCGGCCAGUGAAGGCCACCUCUCUGUUCAGCAUGCACACGAAGGCCAUCGUGUGGGGCAUGCAGACUCGUGCCGUACAGGGAAUGCUGGACUUCGACUAUGUGUGCUCUCGUGAGCAGCCCUCAGUAGCAGCCAUGAUCUACCCCUUCACUGGAGACCAUAAGCAGAAAUUUUAUUGGGGUCACAAAGAAAUAUUAUUGCCAGUCUACAAAAACAUGUCCGAUGCCAUGCAGAAACAUCCAGAAGUGGACGUCCUGAUUAGCUUUGCCUCUCUCCGUUCUGCCUUCGACAGCACUAUGGAGACCUUACAAUACCCACAGAUUCACACUAUCGCUAUUAUAGCCGAGGGAAUCCCUGAAGCUCUGACACGCAAGAUCAUUAAGAAAGCAGAUGAGAAGGCGGUCACAAUCAUCGGGCCUGCGACGGUUGGAGGAAUAAAGCCUGGGUGUUUUAAGAUCGGUAACACGGGUGGAAUGCUCGACAACAUCCUGGCAUCGAAGCUGUACAGACCAGGAAGCGUGGGCUACGUCUCACGCUCUGGGGGGAUGUCUAAUGAGCUCAACAACAUCAUCUCCCGCACCACUGAUGGAGUUUACGAAGGUGUAGCCAUCGGAGGAGACAGAUACCCAGGUUCAGUAUUCAUAGAUCAUGUGUUGAGGUACCAGGACACACCCGAUGUGAAGAUGAUCAUUGUGCUUGGAGAGAUCGGAGGUACAGAUGAAUACAAGAUUUGUCAGGGCAUUAAAGAGGGUAGGAUUACUAAGCCCGUGGUUUGCUGGUGCAUCGGCACUUGUGCCACCAUGUUUUCCUCUGAGGUACAGUUCGGCCAUGCCGGGGCGUGUGCAAACCAGGCCUCUGAAACGGCAGUGGCCAAGAACAAGGCACUCCAAGAGGCUGGAGCCUUCGUCCCCAAGAGCUUUGAUGAGCUGGGAGAAGUCAUAAAAUCAGUGUAUGAUGACUUGGUGAACCGUGGCGUGAUUGUGCCCGCUAAAGAAGUUCCCCCUCCCACUGUGCCAAUGGACUAUUCUUGGGCAAGGGAACUUGGUCUUAUCCGUAAGCCAGCGUCCUUCAUGACCAGUAUCUGUGAUGAAAGAGGGCAGGAACUGAUCUAUGCCGGGAUGCCCAUCACAGAGGUCUUCAAGUCAGAGAUAGGUCUGGGAGGAACCUUGGGCCUUCUCUGGUUCCAGAGAAGGUUACCUCGAUACGCAUGUCAGUUCAUAGAGAUGUGUUUGAUGGUGACUGCAGACCACGGUCCUGCUGUUUCUGGAGCUCAUAACACCAUCGUGUGUGCUCGUGCAGGGAAAGAUCUCAUCUCUAGCCUCACGUCUGGACUUCUUACUAUUGGUGACCGGUUCGGUGGGGCUUUGGAUGCUGCCGCAAAACAGUUUAGCAAGGCUUUUGACAGCGGCAUGCUGCCUAUGGAGUUUGUCAACAAGAUGAAGAAAGAUGGGAAACUGAUAAUGGGGAUUGGGCACAGAGUCAAAUCUAUCAAUAAUCCUGACAUGAGGGUGCAGAUCCUGAAGGACUUUGUGAAGCAGCACUUUCCUUCUUCUCAGCUUCUCGACUAUGCACUGGAUGUGGAAAAAAUCACCACCUCCAAGAAACCCAACCUUAUUUUGAAUGUAGACGGCUUUAUUGGCGUGGCAUUCGUGGAUCUGCUCAGAACAUGUGGAGGCUUUACACGGGACGAGGCAGAUGAGUUUGUGGAGAUCGGUGCACUGAACGGGAUUUUCGUCUUAGGACGCAGCAUGGGCUUUAUUGGCCACUAUCUGGACCAGAAACGGCUGAAACAGGGUCUAUACCGUCACCCAUGGGAUGACAUCUCCUAUGUCCUUCCUGAACACAUGUCCAUGUAACCGUGGAAACCAUCACACCAUCAGCCUAUCAUCACCACUUCAAUCAGCUUUGACCUCUGACCUGGGUCACGUCUGACCUGGGUCACGUCUUUUUGUCUUCACCAGCUUAACUGUGAACGUGUCGUUGUGCUUUAUUACUCAGACCAUUAGUCCGGUGAUAAAAAUUGUGAAUAAUAAUAAUAAUAAUAAUCCUGUAGUACUGAUAUAAUGCUGUGAAAAUGUGGAUCACAUAGUAGAAUAAUACAGAACUGUAAUUUACAUAUAAUAUGAAAAUGAUUACACUUACCUUAGGCUGUUGAGUGUUCGUUAGACUCGCUCUUUAGAUUGUAAUGUGUUUCUUCAGCUUUAGGUGAAAAAAGAUACUAAAUUGUCAUAAGCAGCCAACUAGUGCAAUAACUAACUACAGUUAGGGAUCUUUAAGUUGCUAUUUUUGAAAAUGGCUAAAUGUUACUAUUUUUGAUGGAUUUUUUUAAAGUUGACUGUGCCAAGGCAUAUAAAGUUUACACAAAGUUUACACGCCAUCUGUCACGUGCCAGUGCCGCUGUCUGAAUAUAUUAUUAGUAAUCUGCUGUUUAAAUGUUUUACAAAAACCUGUGUAUAAUAUGUAGUGCCAUUCCAUUUAAUUAUUUAUUUUUUUAUGCCUAAAUUAAUAUCUGUGUCCAAGAAGUAUAAAUUAUAUCAAGAACACAUCCAGCUCUCACUGUGAAGUAACAAAGUGUGUAUGAAGGUGCAUAAUAAAAUAAAUACAAAUCAA